AUGAGAAACGAUUUCAAUUUAUUUAAGAUCGGUGAAAAACUUCUCAAGGACCACGCUUUAGGUGCAAAUAUUCGAAAAGUUAGCAAGAAGUUCUCCCCAAGCGGUGUUGACGACCACAAAGAUCUCAGUGCGAAAUAUGAGCAGACAGUAAGGCGCCAGACCUGGGACUACGUGGACAUGGUGAGGAACAAGUUGCGGAGGAACAACGACGACUACAUCCAGCGCAACCACAUGGAACACUCCCUGUUCAUUUAA